AUGAUCCCGGGGCACGGGCCGGUGAUCCAGUCGGUGCUGGGAACCUUCCUCACCUGGGGGCUGACGGCAGCUGGCUCGGCACUGGUGUUUGUGUUUUCCAGCGGGCAGAGGCGGAUCCUAGAUGGGAGCUUAGGCUUUGCUGCCGGGGUCAUGCUGGCCGCUUCCUACUGGUCCCUCCUGGCCCCGGCUAUCGACAUGGCAGAGGAAUCCGGCAGCUUCGGAGCCUUCGCGUUCUUCCCGGUGGCCGUGGGCUUUGCCCUGGGAGCAGCUUUCGUGUACUUCGCCGACCUGCUCAUCCCGGCGCUGGGUUUCAGCGGACCGCCCCACGCAGCGUUUGCCUUGAGCUGCGACCAACGAGCGGUGAAAGAAAAAUAUGAGCGUGAACCUGCCCAUCACCUGGACUACGAGAGCGAGCUGUCCAUCCGGAUAGGUAGAGCUGGGCUCCAUGCAGACAAAGGCGAGAACGGGGAGCCCUAUCAGAGGAGGAAGGGUGCGGGGUCCAGCCUGCCCGACGGCCCCCCGGCGCUCCCCGCGGGUCUGGCAGUGGGAGUUGGAUUCGGGGCUGUUGGAAAAUCAGCGUCUGCGACCUUCCAAAGCGCCAGGAACUUAGCGAUCGGGAUCGGGAUCCAGAAUUUCCCGGAGGGCCUGGCCGUCAGCCUGCCUUUGCGCGGCGCUGGAUUUUCAACGUGGAAAGCGUUCUGGUACGGGCAGCUGAGCGGCAUGGUGGAGCCCUUAGCUGGCGUCUUCGGUGCCUUCGCCGUGGUGGUGGCAGAACCUCUCCUCCCCUACGCCUUGGGCUUCGCCGCCGGAGCAAUGGUCUACGUGGUGAUGGACGAUAUCAUCCCCGAGGCACAAACCAGUGGCAACGGGAAGCUGGCUUCCUGGACCUCCAUAUUGGGAUUUGUGGUGAUGAUGUCCCUGGACGUUGGGCUCGGGUAG